AUGUCCAACUCUAACUUUGAUGGAGAAUUUAUGCUCUCAGACUCUCUCGGUUCUUUCAAGAUGCACGAACUUGACAAUAUUAAACCUCAUCCCAUCACUGGCCGGCUUAUCGACUCCUAUCCAGUUACCCGUACGAAACCCAUGCGCGUCCUAUGCCUUGGGCAAUCUAGAACAGGAACAUCAACCCUUUUCGCCGCCCUCAAGCAACUAGGUUAUACCCCAUACUACAUGUCUAUCGCCAUAGGUAGUCCAAGGACAAACUUUCGUCUUUGGCGCGAAGCACUCGAUGCAAAAUUUCACGGCAGAGGCAAACCUUGGGGUCGACAAGAAUUUGAUAAGAUCCUUGGUCUUUAUGAUGCCGUGCUCGAGAUACCAGCUAUAUGCUUCGUGGAGGAACUAGUAGCUGCGUACCCAGAAGCAAAGGUCAUCGUCACACAGUACGACGUGGACAGCUGGCUGCGGAGUAUGGACUCGACAGGCGGUCGUGUUCUACGCUGGCCGCUUUGGGAUACACUGGCGAGUUGGGAUUCCUUGAAUGUAGGACCAUUUUGGGAGUUCUCGAAGAAAGCUAUGCCAGCUAGUUUCGGCACGAUGACAGACUUUUCAACAAAGUCACCAGCGCGGAAGGCUUUCCAUGAUCACUAUGAGUUGGUCAGAAGAAUGACUCCUGUAGAUAAGACGCUGGAGUAUCAUGUUGAGGAAGGCUGGGGACCGCUUUGCAAGUUCUUGGACAAGAGUGUCCCUGAUGGAAAGUUUCCAAGGAUCGAUGACUCGAAGACGAUUGUCCUUGCCCAUAAGAUGAUGUGGUGGAUGGCUUUUUCAAAGAUGGUAGGCAAGGGGUCUUUGGCGAGUGCUGUCGCUGGGGUUUUCACUUCGAUGAUUGCUCUGUGGAGGUUGAGAUAUGCGGUUAACGUCGUUGCCAUGCUUAGACCUGUAGGCGGGUUUUCUUGA